AGACGAGCCAGUGUCAAAGGAGGCCACGUGCUUAACGCGCCAAGGGAAAGCGGCAGGCAAAAGAAGGCGACUUUCUUUUUAAAAAGAAGAGCGGGGCGGCGCGGCCUUUUCCCUAGCCGGCUUUCUCCCUCCGCUGGCAGCAAAGCCGGCCGCCCUCCCAUCUCUCUCUGUCCUCACAGCCCAGGAAAGAAGAGGCGGAGGAAGAAGAAGGGGAGGUGGUGGAGGAGAGACAGCCGUGCAGAUCCUGUGUGAUCUCCACGCCGGGGAUGUGCGGUUGCUCUCCACCGCCCCCCCGCCUCCGGCUCCCAUCACUUUCCGGCGGCCGGCUCGCCUAACUCAGGCUGAGGCGGGGCGCUCGGAGAUCAAGUGGGUGGGGUGGGAUGUUUUUUUCCUCGGGGUUCUGAUAAUGGAAAAAGUGCCCAUAGAUAUUUCUGGCGGCGGAGGUAAUGGUGCCGCCGGCGUCCCUCCUCCCUUUUUUUCCACCAGCGGCAGAUUAUUGUGUGGGAGGAGGGCAGGAGCGGCGGUGGCGACAGGGAUGGACUUGGUGUUUGGGAUUUCUUGCUAAAGGGAGCAACACAACCGCUCCACGCACCAGACCAGAAAGGAGGCAGACGCAAGUGGAGCCGCUGCUAGUCGCUGCUGCCUGAUGCCUCGCCGCCUCGCUUUUAAAGAAGGCACCGCUUCUUCCGCCCUUCGUUGUCUCCUGCUCCCCACCUUGUAGCUUCCCCGCUCCGGCAGAUGUGUUUGGGGUCGCUGCACAGCUGGGACUAUGGUGAAAUUUCCGGCGCUCACCAACUAUUGGCCCCUCAUCCGCUUCUUGGUCCCUUUGGGCAUCACCAAUAUUGCCAUCGACUUCGGAGAACAGGCCUUGAAUAGAGGUAUUGCAGCUGUUAAGGAAGAUGCUGUAGAAAUGCUAGCUAGCUAUGGGUUGGCAUACUCGCUCAUGAAGUUUUUCACAGGUCCGAUGAGUGACUUCAAAAAUGUGGGUCUGGUUUUUGUCAACAGUAAGAGAGACAGAACAAAAGCAGUUUUGUGUAUGGUUGUAGCUGGUGCCGUGGCUGCUGUAUUUCAUACCUUGAUAGCAUAUAGUGAUCUGGGAUAUUACAUCAUUAACAAGUUGCAUCAUGUUGACGAUUCUGUGGGAAGUAAAACACGCAAGGCCUUCCUUUAUCUUGCAGCUUUUCCUUUUAUGGAUGCCAUGGCUUGGACACACGCAGGCAUUCUUCUGAAACACAAAUAUAGCUUUCUGGUUGGAUGUGCCUCCAUUUCAGAUGUCAUUGCUCAGGUGGUUUUUGUGGCAAUUUUACUACACAGUCACUUGGAAUGCCGAGAGCCUCUCCUCAUCCCAAUCCUGUCUUUAUACAUGGGAGCGCUUGUCCGGUGCACCACAUUAUGCCUGGGUUACUACAGAAACAUUCAUGAUAUUAUUCCUGACCAUAGUGGGCCAGAGAUGGGGGGCGAUGCUACAAUAAGAAAGAUGCUAAGUUUCUGGUGGCCUUUGGCAUUAAUCUUGGCCACUCAGAGAAUCAGUAGGCCCAUUGUGAACCUCUUUGUAUCCCGGGAUCUUGGUGGCAGUUCAGCAGCUACAGAGGCAGUAGCAAUUUUGACAGCUACGUAUCCAGUGGGACACAUGCCAUAUGGCUGGUUGACAGAGAUCCGAGCUGUUUACCCUGCUUUUGACAAGAACAAUCCCAGCAAUAAAAUGGUGAAUACCAGCAGUACUGUCACGGGAACACACAUCAAAAAGUUCACUUUUGUCUGCAUGGCCCUCUCCUUAACGCUCUGCUUUGUGAUGUUUUGGACGCCUAAUGUGUCUGAGAAGAUCUUAGUCGACAUCAUUGGAGUUGAUUAUGCUUUUGCAGAGCUCUGUGUUAUUCCUCUUCGUAUCUUCUCCUUCUUUCCUGUUCCAGUCACAGUAAGAGCACAUUUGACAGGGUGGUUGAUGACGCUGAAAAAGACUUUUGUCCUAGCUCCUAGCUCAGUACUGCGCAUCAUUGUUCUCAUCACCAGUUUGAUUGUGCUGCCAUAUUUAGGGGUCCAUGGAGCCACCCUAGGUGUAGGAUCGCUUCUAGCUGGCUUUGUAGGAGAAUCAACUAUGGUUGCAAUAGCAGCUUGUUACGUCUAUCAAAAACAGAAAAAGAAGAGGAAUGAUAAUGAGACUGCAACAGAAGGUGAAGACUCAGCAAUGACUGACAUGCCUCCGACAGAAGAAGUGACGGACAUCGUAGAAAUGAGAGAAGACAAUGAAUAAUAAAUGAAAACUCUGCAGGGACAACUGGAAGUUUAUUUCUUCUCUCACACUUUACUUUUAAUAAUGAGGCCUUGCUUCCAAAGGUUUCAGAUAAUGAAUUCAUAGCAUACCAAGUAUGCUGGCAUGGAUGAGGAACUUAAAGGAACAGUCUCUGUUUUUCUCUUCUUCUUCCCCUUCAACUGGAUUUUUUUCUCCCAUUUCAUGCAAUCACAAAAGACAUGGCAGCUAUUCAGUGGAGGAAGCCUCUGUUCUUGGGACAUUUUCCUUUGUCAGCCAAAGUCUCUCUGUUGAUUCAUGGAUUGUGCUGCCAUCCUGCAUCUUCUCCUUACCUGCCCCAUUUCUUUUUAUUAUUGUUAAUGAAAUAUAAAAAAUGCAACCUGGGGGAGGGGACACAUUAGCUUUAUUUUGCUUGCCUGAACAUGGCCUUACUCUGUUGAUCUGUAUCAUGGUGGAUCCCUGAGAUUGGCUUUUCUAACAUUCAGUGUAAUAUAUUGUAUACUGCUAACAGUACCAAACAAGAUCCUAAGUCAAAAAAGAGUGAAUGAGAGAUGAAAUAUCUUUAAAAGACUUUGUUAGAUACAGAAUAAGACUAAAUAAAGAGUAAGACUUCUGUUUAGGGUUGAUUAUAUGACUUAAGAUACAAAAGAGAGUUUUCCUUUGGUAGUCAGCUGUGAACCAUCUGUAUUACACUAACCUUGUAACUGUUUUCUAAAAACAAUUGUGGACCUUUAAAUCAGAAGCUUUACUACAAUAUUGGUGUCCUAUCUAAAACUUUAUAUUUGAUAGGGUGUUGUUCUCAUGCUUGAUGCUAUGCAGGAUACUGUAGUUGAGAUGAGGGGCAAGCAUUUGUUCAAGGGUUGUUUCUAGAAAGGAAUGUGGCAACACACACUUCACAUACACACCCCAAUAUUUAAACCAAAGUAGUAAUCUUCUCUUGUGGGGUAGGGGAAAAAUAAGGCUGUUUGUACCAACUGCUAUAUGUGCUAACUUGUACAGCGAAUAUAACAAUAUAUCUGUUUCCUUUAGAAAACUUUGGGUAGGACUAUAUUAAUUCAGGAGGAACUUGCCAAAUGGAAUGGUGUUAAAUAAAUCAAAGUCUACAUUGGGAAAAUGGUCCAAACAGAAAUCUUGCAGUGCUGUGGAAGCGGGUCUCUGUCAGUGGAAUUAGGGUUUCAUUUGUCACCCAUUAACCUGAUUGGACUACUUAUGCUUUGGUGUCUUGGAUGUGCUACCGAGCUUGCACUUGACCAGAUCAUUGGCUUUCAUGGAUUGCCAGUUACAUAGCUAACAAGGGUUACUGCAGUCCAAGCGCAACUUUAACACGGAUACCAUCAGCUUCCAGCUAUUGAUGUGGAAAGAGGUACCCGUAUUUGCUGGAGAACUUCCUGCUCUUGUCAUGCAGCUGUGCACUAUUAAGGGGGCUAAGUGGGACCCUCAGUGCCCGUGGUUAAUUUGGUAAUUUCACACAUCUUAACACAAGACAAAACAUACUGAAACAUUUCAAGGUUUCUUUAGACAAAUUAUAUUUUUCUAUAAGCUUUACAACAGUGAAAUAAUUUUAUUUAAUUUUGCACAAAGCUGUUUUCUAGAUUUUGGAAGUGGAUAGUUUUGAUCAGAAGACAUCUUUAAAGAUAAUAUGUCAAUCCUAUAUCAAUAUAUGUGUGUAUAUACAUAUUGAAUGUGUAUAAAUAUAUAUAUAUUGUACAUUAUAUGUAAUUUAUUUUAGGUUGCAAUGUCUUUUUUUUCCAAAGCUCAGUAAAAAGAAAAAAAAUACAAAACAGAGGUGGUUUGUGUGGCGAAACUUAACAGUAAAGGUGUGUGUUCUUUUUGGUAAAUGGCGUACCUUUGCAAAUCAGUACUCAGUUCUGCAUGCAGGGAAAUAGAAUAAGACGAAGUAGUGAAUAGUAUCAGUUCAGGGUCACCAUCUGAAACUUAAGGGCUAAACCUGCCCCACCCGAAAGAUAUUAGCCAGUCCAGCAGUGCCAACCCAAAAGUAAGAGAAGUGUGUGUGUGUAGGGAACACUUUCCUAUUAAAAUAGGGAAUGCCAGCAACCCAGGGUGUCCUGGAUGAUAAACCACCAUCUGUUGAAAGUGCUCUCAACAGAAAUAGUUUGGUGAUUAAUAACAGAUAAAACAAAAAGGGCCCAGCAGAAUAAAGGCUUUCAGAUCUGUUCACCAAUAGGUUUUUGUUAAGAACAUAAAGAGUAUAUUUUCUUAAUAUAAUCCAUAUUACAUUCUUGAUAUCUAUAUCACAUGUCAAUGUAUGUGCAAUAUUACUUCUCUUUGUCUAUGCACACCCAAUAUUCCUAAAUGUUUCCAUUUUCCUACACUAU